CGCGACGCUCGUCUCUCGCCGCUGCGGCCCGCGUUCCGAUUCUAUCCGAUCCCGUGUUUCCGACGCGAGUGUGUGAUCUAAGCACGUGCCUACCGUGGCGUGUUACUUGUAUUCAGCUUUGUUAAAGCCGCCAAGAUUCGGGUGAAGAACCGAGAGCCGGUGCCGGCGUACGCCAUGGCCGACGCCGACCGAGAUUCGGAUCUUGGCGAUGACAGUCCAGUGAAUGCUGGACUAACAGUAAAACAGAGGAACGGAUUCGCUAUAAAUUCCGCCCGAUCUGAAGGAGAGUCCUCAGGGGAGCAAUCUUGCGAGAGUUCAGACGAGGGCGUUGGUAGGGAUGCACCAGGCUCCCUCCCUCACCAGCCCCAUCAACCAAUGCAGCCUCACCAGGGGCUGCAGUCACACCAGUCAUUACAGCAUCAGAGCAUGACACAUCAACCCUCACACAACAUAAGUCACCAUGGCUCGAUCCAGCAUCAACCGCUGAACAGCCAUCAAAUGUCUCACCAGCAUCAGAGAAACUCGCCCAGACCUCUUGAGAGGGAACUCAAAGUACGCGACGAUUUCGAGUCUCUGAAAUCGUCUUUACAUCCCCACUUAUCUUCACUGGCGUCAUUAGCCCAGGGGGCUCCUUUGUCCAACCCUGGCAGUGUGUUUGCAUUGGCCGGUGCAGGGGCCACAGGGGGUUUCCCAUAUGCACCACCAGCAUUCCUGGCACCUGCUCCACCACCGCCGGCUCAACCCGCAGGCUCAGCCUCCUCCUCUUCAUCAGAAGGCAGCGCCGCUGGCUGGAGCUUCGAGGAACAGUAUAAGCAGGUCCGUCAGUUGUAUGAGAUAAGCGAUGAUCCACAAAGGAAGGAAUUCCUGGAUGACCUCUUCUCUUUCAUGCAAAAGCGAGGUACACCCAUCAACAGACUGCCGAUAAUGGCCAAGUCGGUGUUAGAUCUGUACGAGCUCUACAACCUUGUGAUUGCUCGUGGCGGGCUGGUCGAGGUGAUCAACAAGAAGCUGUGGCAGGAGAUAAUCAAGGGACUCCGCCUACCGUCCUCCAUCACAUCUGCCGCGUUCACUUUACGCACACAAUACAUGAAAUAUCUGUAUGACUACGAGUGUGAGAAGAAGAAUCUUUCCACCAGGAGCGAGCUUGAUGCAGCCAUUGAAGGCAACAAGCGGGAAGGACGCCGUGCGUCAGGACAAUACGAUGCUCAGGCAGCAUUGGCUAUGCCCCCACUAAACCGCGUGCCCGCGUCCCUGGCACAGCUGUCCCAGCACAUGCAGCCGCUGUCGCUGUCGCUGGGCGGCGUGGCCCCGCGCCUGCCGCCGCUACCGCCGCAUCUUGGACAACACGACAUCGAGUACAGAGUGCGCGAGUACAUGAAGAUGAUCCAACAGCAAAGAGAGCUUAUGCGUCAUGGCUCAGAGUCCCCUCCGAACGGUCCAGGCCCGAUAAUGUCGCCUCGUGACGCGGCUGCCCUCAGUGCCAUCGAUGUGUCCCGCCUCACUCUCUGGUCCAUGUGCAACAACAAUAAUAACAGCAGCCCACUGCCAGACCUCGAGCCACAACGCGAGGCUCUGAACCUGAGCGAGAGCCCGAACUCUGUCACGAGCGGGGGCAAGCGCGAGGCGUGCCGGUCGCCCGCGCCGCCCGCCAAGCGCCGCACGCCGCGGCCGGCCUCCGGCCGGCCUCGCGCCCCGCCUCCGCGCGCCGACCUGCACUCGCCGCCCGCGCACCGCCACGCGCGCCGCGACCAGUCCUCGGUCUCGCCGCCACAGAUGAACGGCGGCGGCGUGCCCACUACUAAUGGCGUCAAUGGGGCUGCCUUCAAAAUCACUACCAGAGGUGAUGCUAGCACAGGAGACCACCAACUAGUGGUUUCGAUAGAGCUGAACGGAGUGACGUACGAAGGCGUACUGUUCCCAUCAGGGAACGGUCAGAAUGGACACAGGCAAAUGGUGUCUUAAAAACAUCACACAAACACAUAUUGUAGGCUUAAGAACUGCGAUUUCAAGCAAUAAGUAUUUUAAAUUAGUGAGGAAGCGAAUUAUUUGGUUCCAGAGAAAAUUGGAAAGUUUUAGUUAAUUUUUCAUAAUCUCUUGACAAAACUUACCUCUGGAUGACUCCAUUGUACGCAGCAUGAUGACGAAUUGUCCAUGUUUUGAAGGUGAUUUGACUUGGGACGUUGCGGACAGUUACGGAUAGAAAUAAGCAAUAACACCUUGCCGUAAAAUGAAAGUCUAUGUCCGUUUCUCCCGACUCUCCUCUUCAGAGCAUGGGCAAAUCAUUUCGUCAUCAAUCUGUGUAGCCUGAUUGAGUUCAUGAACUAUGAAUAUUAAUGUAUAUAAAAUUGCACUUACAUAAAUAAGUAUGUAUGUUGCAAAUACUUUGCUUGCAUCAGUUGCAAUAGUUGUUUAACAUCAUUUGUCUAGUGUGAACUUAACAGCGAUAUUUUGUAAACUUCUACGGGAAAGUAGGGUGAUAAGAGCUAUCGGAAAUUUUUGACUAAAUUCACAUUUGACAUUCUUAUAAAUUUUAAUUAGAAAACUAGACUUAAGUAUGCUGUAGUUUUGUAUAAGGAUACAACUACAAUUUAAUAAGGAUUCUUCUUAUUACCUCAGACGAGAGUAAUAAGAAACCACUUGACGUUGAAAAUAAGAACUUAACACAGAUGACAACUAAACAAUCUGUUAAAGUAUUAUAAGAAAAAAAAAUGAAUUCAAUUUUCUAUGGUGCCAAAAAAGUUACAUUAUAGAAAUCUGAACCAAGACCUCCAGAACAUUAGGCGCCUACUCAUAAUUUUAAUGAUAAUAAUUUUACCAACUUAAUUGAGUAUUUAAAUAAUGAAAUUUGUAAACAAUACAAUUAAUUUCAUAAAUUGAUUUACAUCAAUCACAAUCACUCAAUGACAAUUUUACAUUUUACAAUGAUAACUUAGUUAGGAUAAGCGAUUUGAAUGGACUGUGGCAAGAAUUGAUAAGGUAAGAAAUGGAUUUAUGUUAGACGAAGCCUGAAAGUAGUUACGGCUGAGGAAGCUGAAAGGAUAUUGCGAAAGAAUGCAAAGGAAGAUGACUACCAAAGAAAAAUCUAAUGAAUUUUGUACAGAGGCCUUAGUACGAGUUCGAUUUACGUUUAAAGUAUUCGAAACGAAUACGCAUUCGGCACCCUUAUUGGCCAGCGCUAAUGAAGCAACCAAUCACAGCGCCGAACGCGUACUCAUUACGAUUACUUGAAACGUAAAACAAACUCGUACUAAGGCCUCUGAAUGGUAUGACAGCAGACUUUUGUGACACAAUGACGCCUGAUAGUGAUGGGAGCGUCUAUUAUUCACGAAAAUAUGGGGUAUGGAAAACACCACACAAUCAAUAAGUUAUACAAAACCAUUUUAUUGUGAUCUCGGUGUAAACGACCUUUGUAUACAAUUGACGGUCAGUUUAUAAUGGUUUUGUAUAGCUUGAUGUAUAGCCAUGUACACCAUGUUGAAGUGACUUAUCACAACGUGAGUAAUGGACGACUUCUAUGAGAGAACGUAGAAUAUAAAUUGCCCACCUUCAUCUAUCCUUUGCCUUAUCCUAACUUACGGGAUUCUAAAUUUUAGUAUCGUAGGGUCCGAAUGGCUGACGUUUUAAACAUUUUGACUAUAAAAUAGAAUGACUAAGGAAUUUAUUUCUUUAUAAAUUGAAUAUUUAUUCUAUUUCAACUAAAUUACCGGUAGGUAAUGACUAUUAAUUGUACACAAAAAUAUAACAUAAUGUUUAUUGAUUGUAGACAUACUACACAUGUAAACAAUCAGAAGUUUACGUUCUGUUCACUAGAUGGCUCUUAUUUCCCCGUGCUAUGGGUUGACUGCUCCUUUAAAUACUCAGUGCUUUGAAAUCGCAGGUUUAUAAGUACCUAUUGUUUUAAAUGUUUACUCAUUUUUUUAUAUUAUAACUUUGGUGAGGCAAAUUAAUUAUUAUG